AUGAAAAGAAAGGCAGAAGCAGAUUCUAUCGAAAACGAGAAGAAACAAAAACCAAAUAAUUUCCAACACUAUCAUGAUGACUCGGAAGACAAGGUAACAUUCUAUCUCGAUUUAAACAUUGCAUCAAAAUUGCUUUCAGAUAAAAUCAGAGACAACACAGACAAGACGAAAAUAAGGAGAUUUGUUACCAAGAUCAAAAACAGCUCCACAGAAGAAGAAGGAAGAAAUAUUAUGCGAGAAUUCAAUGUUGAUGUGGUAAAAGAGAGAUUUUUACUCACUCAAUUGUGUAAUUCAAUUUUUAACAAGAAAAUAAUUUGGAUUGGAUCUUUAUUCAAGUUGUGGAAUAAUAGAACAUUUGUGGAGAAUAUAGUUAAACAAAGUGGUAAAUAUUAUUCAUACUUUGAGUACGCAUCUGAAUCAUUAAGGAAUGACAGAGAAAUGGUGAUGAUGGCAGUUCAACAUGACAGCUUUGCACUUGGACGUGUAUCUAAAGAAUUAAAGAAUGACAAAGAAAUUGUAAUGCUUGCUGUACAAACACUUGGCCUCACUCUUAUUCAUGCAUCGACAGAAUUGAAAAGUGAUCGAGAAAUUGUUUUGAAGGCAGUUCAGAAGGAUGGUAAAGCACUUUCGUGGGCAGCUGAAGAAUUGAAAAGCGACAGAGAAAUUGUAAUGGCUGCUGUGAAACAAUGGGGAAAAUCAAUCCAAAAUGCAUCUAAAGAAUUGCAACGUGACAGAGAAAUUGUACUAAAUGCCGUUCAACAGGAUGGAAGAGCUCUUGAUUAUGCAUGUGAGGAACUGCACAGUGAUAGAGAACUUGUAUUGGCUGCUGUCAAACAAUAUGGUAAAGCAAUAGAAAUUGCAUCCACCAAAUUGCAACAAGACAGAGAAAUUGUAAUGGCUGCCAUUCAACAAGACAUUGAAGCACUCGAAUAUGCAUCUGAAUUAUUAAGAGAUGAUAGAGAAUUUAUCAAAAUGUUUGCUCUCUACAAUGGAAUUAGAGCACUUUCUUAUGCAAGUGAUGAAUUUCAAAGUGAUAGAGAAAUUGUAAUGCUUGCUGUAAAACAAAAUGGUGUAGCACUUGCGUAUGCAUCUGAAAAAUUGCAAGGUGAUAGAGAAAUUGUAAUGCUUGCUGUUCAACAAGAUGGAUUAGCUCUUGAGUCUGCAUCUGAAGAAUUGAGGAAUGAUAGAGAAAUUGUAUUGGCUGCUGUUCAACAAGACGGAUCAGCUCUUCAAUUUACAUCUGAGGAAUUUCAACGUGAUAGAGAAAUUGUAAAAGCUGCAGUGAAACAAAAUAAUGAUUCAAUUAUUUAUGCAGCCGAUGAAAUGAAAUAUGAUAGAGAAAUUUGUGAAUUACUUUCUGAGGAGGAAGAUGAAGAAGAAGAUGAAGAGGAGGAAGAAUAAAUAUUUCGUGAGCCAACUCUUAUUCUAUGUUCU